GACUUCAUCUCUCCAUGCCCUCGAAAUGAUGAGUCGCUCCCAUGGCUCGCCGCAUCGCUACAACACACGGCGGAAAGGAGCAUGGCGACGCUCCGCCGCCGUCAACUCUCGCGGCACAAAUUGUCCAGAAUCAGACCGAAGGGCCGGUAAACCAGCAGAAUGGCGAAACUCCAACCUUUGCCGAGUUGUUGAACGAGAUCCUGCACAACCACGCCGCCACACCGGAGACGGACAUCGAAACUAAUAUCAAGCUGGUCAACGUAGUCGCCGAAGCCGGUCUGGGUCCGCUGGCAAUCGAUAAUCCAUUCGCCGAGUGCGAUGUCCUGCUUCCGUUGGCCUUCGACAGCAUUGCCGUCAUUGAGGCUACUAUCAAGAGACAGCCUGAGAUCCUUUUCGCAGCAACGAAACAGCACGAGCCUCGCCUUCUUCUGUCCUUACUGGCUCGUGUACUGGCGAUAUGUGGGAGGCGGCAGUGCGAGCAGCUACCCAUCGACCGCUUGUUGGAUUCACUACUGCUGGCGCUUGAUACAUCUCUCCAGGUGUGGGGUCGUGCGAAGGUCGUACGACGAAUCAUCCAAGACUGUUUAGACGAUGUCAUGUUCUCCCUCGAAGCGACAACCGGCUCCAAGACAGAUCUCUCGAUCAAGCUGCCUCCGGCAAGAAGUAUCGUGUCGGUCUGGCCGGAAUUGGAGAAUGCGAUCACUCUUCCUCACGGCUGUCAGACCAGCAUAGCCGACCAGUCGCAGGCGCUCAUGCUUGCCAUUCAAUUAUGCAACGUUCGGCGUCUACCCGCAGCAUGGCGGACAAAUACCCAGUGUGCGAUCCAGAAAAUCACUCCGGCUUUAGGUGCUGCACUUAAACACACGAAACAGUGGGACGCUGCGGCAACGGGCAUCUUGCUGUUCUCUUCCAAUAUCACUUUCUUGGUCCAGCUUUUCAACAAUCUUUCGAUCAUUACCGGAUCUCAUAGCAUCCAAAUCCACACUGCGCAAGGACUGAUCCAAAACCUCCGACGAGAUCCAAAUGCCGUCUCCGACCAUUUGCUUCCUGCUCUCUGCUCACUAGCCUCCAGUGAAGCAUUUGACAAACUGCACGAAGAUCUCAGGAUUGCCAUUGUCACCGUAAUUACUCGGCUCAGCACUCCCGAGAACGUGCCAGAACGGGCCCAUGAUCUUGUUGAGGCCUUGAGACAGGACAAUGUUAUGACGGACUCGAGAUUGCAAGCUGCCUUUCGUGAUCUGAGCGUUAGAGACAGGGUUGGCGAGUUGCACAGAUCUCAACGCAAGAGACGAAAGGUUGUCCAGAUGGAAAACGAAUCCGCACAGACUACGAUUCGGCGGAUCACACAACUACUCUAUGGCAUGAAUGGGGACAAUCUCAAUGGCAUAACAGAAGCUGCACCAUCCGCGUACCGAUCGUUGAGUGAAGAAGAGCAAUGUGAGGUAUGGCAACUACUGCGCAACUCGGCUCGCACGGACUCACAGGCGACGAUCAAAGUCGUUUCUGCUCUUGUGCAGAGCCGAGAGAUUGCGAUGAACAAACGAGCACGCAUCCUCUCCAUCAUCACUUUACAGACUUGCCUCCAGACAACAACCGACAGCGCUUACAUCAGUUUGACAAGUUCUCCCUUCGGACAACUGUGUCUCAGAGGGCUGCAAAGCUCUCUGCGUGAGCUCAGAGUCGCAUCUGUACAAUGCUUGGGCAGCUUCCUUCGCGACGAGUUGGCCGCGGAACUGAAAGAAGCAAAUCGCAAGUGUGCACUGGAGUUUCUGCGAGCUCUUUCCGAUCGUGAUGUCGCAAACGAACAAGAGACCCUGGUUUCUGCAUGGAGUCAGGUUGCACUGUUCUGUGAAGACUCGGAGCUCAAUCUAUCUCUGCUCCGCCUCGUCGAAUAUCUUGGCCAUUCGAAUCCCCUCAUCUCGGGCCUGGCAUUCACGGAGCUGGAGCGUAUCGCAGAAGCCAAGGCGAUUUCACCGAGUGAGCUUUUCAAGCCAUUCUGGAGUUCAAUAGCGGUGUCGGUGGUACAAGAUCUGCAUUCUCGACCGCAAAAGAUUCAACAGCUCUGUGACCUGCUGGAACUCGAUGUCAAUCGAUUCUUGGUCAACACUCAGCAAGAAACCGUCCCUGCAUUGGUCUUAACCCAGAAGAGCAACGUGUUGCAGAGGAUAGCAGCCGCUCGUGGACAUGGCACAACGGUGCAGGACCUUUUGCUGCAGCCUCGAACAAAUCUGAUGGCCACUCUAGCUCUUCUAUUGAUUCAACCCACUCAAAGCCCGGAAGAUAGCGCAAUGGCCUGCCUGGUGAGCGUUGCACCAGGCCUGCAGGGGACUGAUCUGUCCAACCUGGUCAAAAUAGACCCAGCUCUACUCGCCUGCCAUCUACUCAAGCAUGCAGGGGAUCAAAGCGAGAGUCGAAAGUCACGCGCAUACCAGGCUUUCCAGCUUUUCGCAAGCCUCGCCGAGAGGCGCGCGGGUGCUGCAAAGUCGAAGCCUUCUCGGAUGCUCACCGAGUUCUUCGACGUUCACAUCCUGGGUAUCAUGACGCACUUCUCCGAGAUCAUCGAGAACAAUACUGGUCUGUACUCAAAAUUAGAGCGACUGCGCUGUAUUCGAGCGAUUGCAGAGAUGGUCACCAUUGCAAAAACGCAAGUGAGUGGCGCACUACCGCAGAUUCGAGCCGCUCUUCAAUCUUCCAUGGACCACCCCGACCUGUGCCAGGCAUCUUUCUCGGCUUGGCUCUAUCUUCUGCCAAUCCUCGAAACCGACGACGUUGCGAGUAUCGUGGACCAGACCUUUGCAUUAAUCCUACGCCAUUGGCCGAACUUGUCUGAGGAUGUGCGGCAAACUUGUCAUCAGCAAAUCAGCAACUUAGUGAAGAACCACAACCAGAUGCUCCAAGAGCACAUCAUGACCCUUCCGUCGCUCGCCGGGGUACCCUUGCUAUCCAAGCUGUCUGCUGAAAUCGAGCGAGUCAAGGCGAGUGAGAGCAUAGAGGCUCACUGCAGAGCAUUCACGAAGCGACUCCUGGAUGAGAGCCGAGUCGUGGUGCUGAGAGCCUUGGAAGAGCUUCCUCCCUUCCUGAAUAAGAACCAAGAUUUUGUCUACGAUUGCGCAACCAGCGAACAACCGACGCCCGUGCUUCCUGAACUGUUUCGCGCGCUCAUGGAUGCCAAUGUCAAGUACUCCGCCGAGGACGGGAAUGCCGCUGAACUCUGUGGGAAGGCAUUCGGGAUCAUAGGCUGCCUUGAUCCGAAUCGCGUCGAGGCCACGAGGAAGAAGCGAAGGGUACUUGUGCUCUCAAACUUUGAUCGAGCCGCGGAGAUUGAAGACUGGAGUCUCGUCUUUCUCGAGGACAUCCUUGUCAAGGCGUUCAAGUCUGUCAGCAAUGCUAGAGCUCAAGGCUUCCUAGCAUUUGUGAUGCAGGAGUUACUUCGAUUCUGUGAGUUCAACGAAGGCACCGUCUUGCGUCAGCGGACCGCGCAGACCUUGUCCAAGCAACAGAAAUGGCAAAAAUUACCGGAAAGCGUUCGAAUCACCCUGACACCGCUCAUCAACUCGAGGUACGUUGUGACCAGCAGUGGAGCCAUCGCGGCACCGAACCGUGUAUAUCCAGGAUUCUCCCAAGAGUCCAGUCACAGCUCGUGGCUGCGCUCCUUGGUGUAUGAUCUAAUGUGGAAGGCCAAAGGCGAGAAUGCUCAGAUGGUCUUCCCCGUCCUUGCACGAACGAUCCGCGGCCACGAUCUAGCGAUUGCGAGCUUCAUGCUUCCCUACACGAUGUUGAAUGUCGUGCUUGGUGGCACAGUCGCCGAAGUCAAAGGCAUUGCAGACGAGCUCUUAGCCGUUCUCCAAUGCGAACCCAUCGGCGAUGUCCAACGGGAUACUAUCAAACUUUGCAGCGAGAGCGUUUUCAACGUCCUCGACUACAUGUCGUUGUGGCUGCAAGAGAAGAAGAAGGUGCUCGGGGAGGCGAGAGCGGCUGCGUACAAAACGGGGCGGUCUCCAGACGAUUUCGACGAAGCAAGAGACGUGGCUCAGAUAGAGACCGUGGAAACCUUCCUGAGCGGCAUUCCAGCCGAUGUCAUUGCAAACCGGGCUCUGCUAUGCGGAUCCUACGCCCGUGCUCUGUUCAACUGGGAGCAGCAUAUUCGUCGGCAGCGACCAAUCAUUCCGUCCCAACGACCUCCGCAGCAGGCAUCAGGCGACGAACUUCUUUAUGACAAGUUGCAAGACAUCUACGCACAGAUUGAUGAGCCAGAUGGCCUCGAGGGCAUCUCCGCGCACCUCACGCUGCUCAGUGAAGAUCAACAAGCGAUCCAGCAUGCAAAGGCUCGUCGAUGGGCUGCAGCUCAGGCCUGGUACGAAACUCAAUUGGCUCAAGAUCCCUACAACGUUGAUAUCGAAGAGCGACUGUUGAGCUGUUUCCGCGAGACUGGCCGAUAUGAGCCUUUACUGAAGUAUGCUGAAAGCUUCUUGACGGUAGACAGACAGGCCACCGAGACGCCGAACGCAGCUGCAAGACUCCUUCCCGACAUCUUAGGUGCACAGAUGAUGAAUGGCGAUCUGGAGGGCCUGUAUACUACGCUGGAGUCUACGGCGUUUCCCAUGCAGUCCGACUUCAACGCUGGUAUCGCCGGGCUCGUGCGCGCGGUUGCAGAUCACGAUGUACCAGCAGUCACGACGCAUAUCAAGCGCUUGCGGACUUCCAUCACGCAGAGCAUGACUGCUGCCAGUUCAAGCUCGGUUCAGGGCAGUCAUGAAGACUUGAAGAAGCUGCAUGUUCUCGGGGAGGUGGAGAUGCUCUGUUCAGAUGAUCUCAACACUAUGGAGGUCAAGACGAUGCUGGAGAGGCGAUUGGCUGUGAUAGGGUCUUACGUCCUUGACAAACAAUAUGUUCUCGGGGUCCGAAGAGUGAUAAUGGAGUCUAUUGAUGCCUUCACAGACCAGGAUGUUGGGUCUCUGUGGUUGACGACUGCGAAGUUUGCCCGACAGCUCGGCAACACCGAACACGCAUACAACGCGGUGCUCAAGGCCUACAAGCACGGCGAUAGGGGCGCGACGAUUGAGGAAGCUCGACUGUUGUGGCGGGAUGGUCAUCAAAGACAUGCGAUUCAUGCCCUUGAGACGGCGAUCGCAUCUGGGUUGUUUGAUACUGCGAACCAAGGUGAUGCCAACAUCCCGAUGCAUCAAAGCACAAUGACUACACGAAGCACCACCUCGACGAGGAGUUCGGAGGCCGGCACGCAGCACAACGUCAUAUCUGCCAAGGUACACCUUUUGCUUGCGAAAUGGCUGGACGCGACUGGACAAAGCCAGUUCAACGACAUGACCGAAAAGUUUCAGAAGGCUGCCAAGCUCUUUGCGCGAUGGGAGAAGGGCCAUUACUAUCUGGGCAAACAUUACCAGAAACUCCUUGACACGGAAAAGGGGCUGCCCAAGGAGAAGCAGAGCAGCCAGUAUCAAAGUGGCGAGCUUGACAGGCUGGUUGUUGAGAACUUGAUCCGCUCUAUCCCGUUCGGAAACAAGUAUUGGCACGAAACAAUCCCAAAGAUCUUGACCCUGUGGCUGGACCUGGGCGCCUGCACGGUCACCAAAGCUCGGCAUGAAGAGCAAGCCGUCUUCGAUCGCCGGGUCAAGGCACUCCAGAACUGCAACAAACAGCUUCAAAAGUACUUUGAGCGAGUACCUCCGUACGUCUUCUAUUCGGCGGUCCCUCAGAUGAUCUCUCGAAUCACCCACCCGAACAAGGAGGUGUGGAAACUGCUGUUGAACAUUCUAACCCGGAUCGCAUCGGCGCAUCCGAAUCAGACACUGUGGAGCUUGCUUGCUUUGGUGAAAUCGACCGACCGAACUCGCCUCGAACGUGGUACUGAACUACUGGAUCGGCUGAAGGAUCCCAAAAUCAAGGCGAGGGCGGAUGGCAGCAACAUAGACCUUCGAGUGAUGAUCACCCACGGACAGAGACUGUCCGACGGACUCUUGCGGGUGUGUGAAGUGCCGAUUGACAAGCACGGGCCUGAUGUGAAGCUAUCGGAGCACUUGGACUUCAACCACAAGCUGGUUCCCAGCCAACUCGUCGUGCCCAUCGAGACCACUCUGACCAUCAGCCUUCCAAGCGGAGCGAGUCACGACACCAUCAAAAGGCAUAAAGCGUUUGUGCAAGAAAAAAUCACCAUCCAAUCCUUUGCCGAAGAAGUGCUGGUGCUGAACUCGCUUCAACGACCGCGAAAAUUGACGGUGCGUGGGUCGGACGGCAAGCAAUAUGGGCUUUUGUGCAAGCCCAAGGACGACCUGAGGAAGGACCGCCGGUUGAUGGAGUUCAAUAGCAUCAUCAAUCGCACGCUCAAGCGAGACGCCGAGUCUAGCAAGCGACGCCUGUACGUGAAGACGUACGCCGUGACGCCGCUGAGUGAAGAGUCGGGGAUCAUCGAGUGGGUGGAAGGGAUCAAGCCGAUGCGGGACAUCUUGCUCAACAUCUACGCUCGCAAGGGGAUCCGACCGAAUUACACGGAGAUCAAGAACAUUCUCGACCAAGCAUCGUCCAGUCCCGAGAACGCGCACCUCUUCGGCGACAAGGUACUGAGCAAGUUCCCUUCAGUGCUGCACGAGUGGUUGGUGGAGGUCUACCCGGAGCCGGAGGCGUGGUUCGCGGCGCGACUGCGAUAUGCUCGGACUGCCGCGGUGAUGUCUAUAGUGGGGCAUGUGUUGGGCCUAGGCGAUCGACAUGGAGAGAACAUACUGCUGGAAGAGAGCACGGGAGGGGUGUUUCACGUCGACUUCAAUUGCCUGUUCGACAAAGGCUUGACGUUUGACAAGCCGGAACUGGUGCCCUUCCGCUUGACGCACAACAUGGUCGACGCAAUGGGAGCAUACGGCUACGAAGGCCCGUUCCGCAAGUCGAGCGAGCUCACCGUGCGGCUGCUGAGACAGAACAAAGGCACGCUCAUGACGGUGCUGGAGACGUUCCUGUACGAUCCGACGACGGACUUUAUCGGCAAGAAGAAGCGGUCGACAGCCGGGGUGCCAGAGACGCCGCAAGAGAUUCUGGAGAGCGUGGAAAACAAGCUGAAGGGCUUGUUGAAGGGCGAGAAGGUGCCGUUGGGGGUGGAGGGAUAUGUGGAUGCGUUGAUCAAGGAAGCCACCAGCCCGUGGUGCUUGGCGAGCAUGUAUAUUGGGUGGUGUGCAUUCUUUUAGAAAACCCACCUGGCCUUCGGGGCACAAAGAACAAUAAUAUAGCUUGGCACAGUCCCGUGCUCUCGCGUUUGGUGACGAGACACCGCGUGUCGGCCAUGCCCGUUCCAG